AUGGAUACUAUGAUAUGGAGAGGACAGCACUUGAGGGCCUGUGAGAUGUGUCAUCGGAGAAAGACCAAGUGUGAGGUCGAAGGGUCUAAUCCAACUUGCGUGCAAUGCAUGCGCCGUAAUACGCAUUGUGCUUUUCCAGUCCAGCAUGAAAAGCGCGAUGAUCAGCAAAGUAGUGAUGAGUAUGUCAAGUCUUUGAAAGACCGCCUUAUCAGGAUUGAGUCGUUGUUGAAGACAGCAGGCAUCUUGCAAGAGGGUGAUAUGAGCCAUGACGACUUUUCUGAAGAUGAGGACGGACCCGUUAGUCAAGAUCUCUCAUCUAGUCCCAGUCCAAACCAAACCUCCGGGGCGUCUCUUUUCUCAAACGGUGAUAUUGAGGGUACGCCCAUUUUCCGGGCGGACGAAAGAGAUGAUUCUCGAUAUUUCGGGAGAUCGUGCUCAUUAUCAAUUCUAUCGCGAACAGGUAUAGAGUGGAUUAAGAGCAAAACAGGCGAUGUCAGCUUCUUGCGGAUUGUAUCUCCUGAAUCCAUUCAUGACAAUCCGUGGAAUCAAUGGCGACCAGACGUGUUCCACGAUCUGUUUUCCUCGCGGGUUUUUAAGCCAUUGCCCUCAAGAGCGGAAGUAUUCUCUCUUAUGAAGGAUUUCUUCCGAACGGCCAACCGUCUAUUCCCUAUCUAUCAUGAAGGGUCAUUCAUGAAAAUGGUCGAAUGGCAAUAUACGCAGCAAACCUGCGACGAUGCUGCCCGUUGGGCCAACAUCAACAUGGUAAUCUGCCUGGCAUACGAAUAUCGAUUCUCAAAUGGCGUCAAGUCAGAAAAGGACAAGGAGAAGGCCGAGUUAUACUUCAAAAACGCCAUGUCGGUCUUCACGGAAUUAGCUUUAAAACGCACCGAUAUACGGAGCAUACAGGCUCUGAUUAGCAUGGCAUUCUUCCUGCGAGGCAAUUCUGGAACUCAAUCAGCUCUGCCGCUUAUCACUGCGGCUAUGCGGUCUGGUCACCGAAUGGGACUUCAUCGAGAUGUCGCGAGACCGGAACUUAGUCCCGCUGAGCAAGAGGAGAGACGUCGGGUUUUUUGGGUUGCAUUUGUCAUUGAUCAAAGUGCAUGCCUAAGAACUGGAAACGCCCCAUUACAACAUCAAGAUGAUUUCGAUGUCCCCCUUCCGGAAGAAUUAGAAUGCGAUAGGCAUGGUGAAACCGCAAGCAACAUUCCAUUCUUCCGCCAGCUCUGUCAGAUGUCGGUCAUCAAGAGCCACAUUUACAGUCGGUUGUACUCCGCUACGGCAUUAACAAAGCCUCCGAUUGAAAUCUACAAUACGAUUAAAGAACUAGACGCAGAACUUGAAGAAUGGAGACGCCAAUCCCCAACUCUCACUGAACAGGAAAUAAAACAUACUGAAGCCGACUAUCUGUUUGGCUUUGCCUCUAUUGGUCUCCGUUUCGUCUAUCACAAUGCUUUAAUCAUGAUUCACCGGGUACCUAUCUUUGUGAACUACAUGAUAACCGCCAGAAAGGAAUCAGGGAAGAUCGAAUCGAUCAGCAAAGCACAUGCCGCAAAGUCAGCAGCCAUUAGCGCACAAGCUGCCCGAGAUACAUUGAAGAUUGUCAAUAACAUGCCAUGGGGAGACAUCGCAUGGACGUGGUCCUUACUAUACUACGCCUUCCUAGCAGCAUCAACCUUAUUCUCAAGUAUUCUGCGGGAUACUCGCCAUCCAAGAGUCCGAACAGAUUUGCAGUCCCUCAACAUGGCCUCAACAUUCUUUGCAACUCUCGCUCCAGGCGACGGGCCAAAUAAUUACGCCGGUUUCAUGGCCCGUAUGAGCGCAACCCUGGAACGCAUCGCCAGAGCCAUCGUCGAGAAAGACGAGAAAAGAGCCCGCGGCCCAGACGAUGAAGACCAAGACUACAAACCACCAGGAGCCAAGAGGCAUACCUCCCGGGCACAACCACCACACCUACAAAGACGGCCCCGCCGCCCAUCAACGCUCCGCAAAACAAUGACCCCUGCCACAGCUCCUGCGUAUCCAACACCAGGCAAUACCAACCCGAGCAGGAUGGACCUCAGUAUCCCCGACACCCUAGAAGGCCUCCCGCCAGUUAAUUCGUCGGGAUACGUCGUCCCCGUAAGCCCGAACGACAGCAUCCAAACCCAGUCCCCAUAUGUCGCCAACCCGCCCACCACAUACUCACCUUCAAUCCCAAACAUAGAUGGCUCAUUCCUCCACAACAUAGGCAGCAACACCCUCGGCACCCCACCCAUACCAUGGCAACUAUCCCAAGACUUUUCCACAACCGCAGCACAAGCGCAAGCCCAGAUCCAGGCCCAGGUCCAGGCCCAAGCACAGGCACAGGCACAAAUCCAAGCACAAACCCAAGCUCCAGGAUCACUAGACCUAAACCCCAACGCCGUCAACUCCCCAGACUCCUUCAGCAGCGCUGGCAACUCAAUACCCGAUUUCUUCCAGUACCCGACGAAUAGCGACUGGAGCCACGGCGGAAAUCUCUUCGCGGGACUCUUUCCAACGGAAUACAGCUUUGCGGCCCCUUUCCCAGUGGAUACUCAGCCUGCUGAUGCAUAUCCUUCCAUGCCGAUUUUAUCGGCUGAGUCAUAUAUCCAAGGUAUGCCUGCUGUUGAUAGCCAUACAGCUCAGGCUAGUGGGCUUGAUCCUCAGAAUCUAGGGUAUUGCUAUGUGCCACAGGGCCACGAGGAUCCGAAUCAGGGUGCUGACCCGGUCUGGCCUAAUGGGUUUUUGGGAUUGUUCUAG